AUGGAGCACCUGGUCCUGCAGUGGCUCUGGUUGCUCUUCGAGUAUUGCAAGAUGCCCUAUUGCGUAACCUUCUCCUAUGGCCUCGAUUACCUGUCGUUCGUUUGCUCGGAAAAGGAGGGCGUGGAGUAUCAAAUGGAGCCAUAUUGGAGUGGAUUUAGCGAUCCUAUCGCGUUCCCCGUUUACACUGGAUCAAACGGCGUCUCGACUGGAACACAAUAUCCAGCUGGAUACUCUACGCCAUCUUCAACGACAAGCUCAAGCUCAAGCACUAGCACGAAUUCCAGUUCUGCCUCGAGCACGUCCCAAGGGAGCUCAGGGUCAACUGCUAGUUCAACUCCAUCCGUUUAUCACGGUAGUUCUGCCCCCAUUGGGGCUAUUGUUGGCGGUGUCAUCGGUGGCCUGAUCUUUCUCGGUUUAAUUGCUGGGGCCAUUAUCUUUUUCCUAUUUCGCCGAAGACGGAGACCCCAGCCAGGACAGCCUCAACAGCCUGCGUUUAGUUACCCACAAGGCCCUCCACCGUCCAAUUUCCAAUACACUCAUCCCGCAAACCCAGGCGUGAACACAGGUAUACCGCCACAUACAACGGCCCCAAUAGUUCCUCCGCAAAACCCCCCGGCUCAAGAGCCAUCUCGCUACGAAAUCGAAACACAUUAUAACAAGCCCGAAUUAGACAUAUCCAGACAACAACCCGGGCAGACUUACCUGAACCAACAAGCCGGGGUACCGGGGAUGCAGCCUAUUCAGCCGGAGUAUGUGUCCAUGGCACAGCAGUCCGCCAAAGCAGAGCUUGCUUCUCAUUCGGGCAGUAUUAAGACUAAUACUGAGGCGGGGGUUAUUUCAGCUGGGCAUCAGGGAAAGGAAGGGAAUAUUUAUGAGGCACCUUGA